AUCUGGUCAUAUAUGUCUUUAGGGUUAUGCAGUUCUAGACUCAUUAUUAUUCCAAGUUAUUAUGUCAGUAUGUCCAUCUGGCCACAUGAUGUCUGAUAAAUGUCCUUUUUUCUUAUAUUCAGCAUUGUGGAAAUGUGGGGAGAAUUAGAGGGAAUAAUCUCUGUGUGAUACAUGACAAAUUUAUGUUUCAAAUUUCUUGUGUAUGGAUUUGCAUAUAUAUAGUUUUUAACUUGUUUUCCUAUCUUCACUUUUUGAAUUUCUCCAGGUGAUUUCCAAGAUGGAGAUAUGGAAUAUCUAUCAAACUGAAUGAUUGUUUAUUUCUUUGCUUAUGGUGUAUCUUCUUCGCUCGUAUUUAGAUCAAUGAAAUUAUCCCUGAGUACACAGGCUGUAUCACAACUAAGGAGCUUGGAACUGUGAUGCGUUCUUUGGGUCAGAACCCUACUGAAGCAGAACUACAAGACAUGAUAAAUGAGGUUGAUGCUGAUGGCAAUGGUACAAUCGACUUUCCCGAGUUUCUUAACUUGAUGGCUCGCAAGAUGAAGGAUACAGAUUCAGAGGAGGAGCUGAAGGAGGCCUUCAGAGUGUUCGACAAGGAUCAGAAUGGCUUCAUCUCUGCUGCUGAACUUCGUCACGUCAUGACCAACCUUGGCGAGAAGCUUACAGACGAGGAAGUUGAUGAAAUGAUCCGUGAGGCCGAUGUUGAUGGUGAUGGUCAAAUCAACUAUGAGGAGUUUGUGAAAGUGAUGAUGGCGAAGUGAUUCCUCACAAUAAGAUAGAAGUUGGCGUGAGUUGUAAAAUGUCAUUUUAUUUUCCAGCCGGUAGUUACAUCCGAUUAGCCUUAGUUGGAAAAUUAGAACUGGGUGUCCUUCAUCAGUAAUUGUUUCAUUAAACUUGACUUUGUUGCUUCAUUGACUUUAAAGCGUUUGCGUUUGAUUUCCGAUGGAACUAUUUUAUAUAAAUAUUUCUUGCGGUCUUGUUCUAA